UGACAUUGACAGCAUUUAGAAGUUCAGUAUGCACCUUGAUGUUCUGCGGUAGUGCACACUGUAUCGGACAAACUGUCAUUUGAGCGUCUUGCUUGUGUUCUCACGCAUCUGCUUUUGUAUUACAUUGAAAAUCAGAUGAUCUUUGUGAGGCAGCGUCAAUUAAAAUUGAAAAUCAGCAACAAGGUAAACUGUCUGCCACCUGCAGAUGCAGAUGCACCCCAAGGGUCGACGAUGGACAAAUUCUUCACUGUUGUGACUGGGAAUACUCUGGGGUCUCAUGAGGAAUUAUUUCAUUGUCUCGCUGCCAAAAGACACGUAACUGAAGUGACUUCACUAGAGGAGAGUGAUGUCAUCCUGGCUUUCUGUCCCAUUGUCUCUCGUGCUGGGACUGAUAUUGAAGCAGCAGUGCAGCAGAUUCCAGCUGGUAAACCUGUCAUUCUGGUAGUGCUGCAUCACACCUUCAAUCCAGACUACACUGUACCUGACAGUAGCAGACUAGUGACCAGAGGUGAUGUAAUACUCACAGUGGACUGUCUCUUCCAUGAGAACCAGGGACUACUGAAGUGUCCUCGCAAUGAAGAAGCAAUUCUAAAGAUUCUGAACAGGCCAGAAAUACAGCCAAAGACAAGUAAUCCUGCUGCUCCAGAGAAGACCAGACAGAGACCCCCUGCUGUUUCAAAUCCACCUGAAGAUGCUGUUAACGAUGCUGACGAACGUCCUCCAGGUCUCAAGAACUCUGAGAUUACAAAGCAACCUAAACAGGAAACUAAACUUUUCUUUCUGUUGCAGCAGGACUAUCCAACAAACAUUUCCUGUGUCUCUAUAGGGUCGACGAUGGACAAAUUCUUCACUGUUGUGACUGGGAAUACUCUGCGGUCUCAUGAGGAAAUCAAUCGCUGUCUCACUGCAAAAGGUUUAACUGAGGUGACGUCACUAGAGGAGAGUGAUGUCAUCCUGGCUUUCUGUCCCAUUGUCUCUCGUGCUGGGACUGAUAUUGAAGCAGCACUGCAGCAGAUUCCAGCUGGUAAACCUGUCAUUCUGGUAGUGCUGCAUCACACCUUCAAUCCAGACUACACUGUACCUGACAGUAGCAGACUAGUGACCAGAGGUGAUGUAAUACUCACAGUGGACUGUCUCUUCCAUGAGAACCAGGGACUACUGAAGUGUCCUCGCAAUGAAGAUGCAAUUAGAAAGAUUCUGGGCAGGCCAGAAAAACAGCCAAAGAAUGAUGAGGUCUGGGAACUAAUCGGAGAAGAAGAAGCCAGUGAUGCCCCUGAGCAGGAAAACCUAGAGGCAAGGACAAUGAGUUUGGAAGAACAAAUCAGGGGCCUCUCACCAGUUGCAGCAUCUGCCCUUGCAAGAGCUGGAAUUAAAGAGGACAUUGAUAUUCAAGAGUUAACAAGAGAUGAUCUGAAGGAACUUCUGCCAGGCCUUGAGCAUUUCAAACUUAGGAAGAAGAUCAGUGAACUUCUAACCCAAUCUAAACAGGACACAGCUAAACCUAUCGAUUUCAUUCUUAACGAGUUUAGGGAAUUCCUUCCAGCUGUUGUCAUGAAGAAUGCACUUGUUCCUGGGGGAGUGUUACAUGGCUACAUCCCUAUUCUUAAAGAUUUGAAGAAGCAGCUGGCCAAAGCCCUGCACUUCAUUCAGGAACACGUUGAACUGCUUGAGAGCUACAAUAAAGAAGAGCCCAUGGAGGCUGAGGGCAAUGCUGUGUCCCCAUCAGCUGACUCUGCUACAGCAGGAAACCAGCUAUCCAAUGUUGCAGCCUUAGGUGCUGUAGAGAUCCACCCCAAACGACCAAGAACAGAUCUGCCCACCAGUGAUAGGUCCUCAUCAGCACCUGGUAACAUCCAGGCCCCAAAAGAAAAGGAAGGAAAAGAACCUGGACGUUGGAGUUUUUUCAGUAGAUAUGUAACAAAACAUUUUCCGGAAGUUAAAGUCUAUUCCCAAGUGUGUGGAAAAACCCUGAACACUCACCUUGCACUCAUGAAACAAGUGGAGGAUCUGGGACUUAAACGAAAGGAGACCAGUGUAGAGGACUGCCAAGUCAUAAUGGUCUUCUGUCCUGUUACAUCUCGUGUGGGAACUGACAUUGAGGCUGCCAUGAGCCAAGUUCCAGGUAACACAGAUGCCAUUCUAGUGGUGAUGCACCAUACUUUUGAUCGCUACUUUGUCACAGACCAGAGAUCUGCAUCUCACUACAACAACGUAGUAGAGAAAGUUAAUGUUCUCUUCCAUGACUCUGUGGGACUUCUGCAUUGUAAAACAAAUGAUAUUGCAGUGACUCUCAUACAUAAGGCCUUACUGAAAUACAACAGCAGUCCUUAGACAUUAAGCGCCCCAUUGUGGCAACACAAAGUGUUUGAAGUCUGUAACAAGAUUACAACGCCACCAACAUUAUUUAAAAACCUACAUUUCGACAACUUCCACCCAGGGCGUUGGUGACUCAUUCUAGUUUAGAAGAAAGCUUAUCACAAUCUGUGUAGUGAGCCAAAUUAAAUAUUAUCUUGAUUCUCAAUAAGUACAAAACUAGACUUCUCUCUGUAGAACCUCUGUUGUGAGGGAAUCUUUGAAGAUACCUCAUGUGAAUUUCAGCUUGUUCUACUUUUAGUAUUAGAAGCACUUAUAGUUUGUGUUUCCUACUGUUACAUUAUGCCUCAAUCAUGAGAAUGUGUUUAUGAAUGUUUCAUCUUAUUCUAUGAGAAUAAAUCAAGUACAAGUGUUGCAUAAAAUAUUGAAUAACUUAAUGAUAUUGAUAAGAUUUUUUCUCAACUCUUCUGAUAUCAAUAGACUUACUCAUUUGUGUUGAGGAAUUUCUGUCUCUGCAGAUAGACUAAUCUAUUCCAAAGCUAAAAUAAAGAGUGCACACGCAACAUUGAU